AUGCCGAUCACCUUCGACCGCCGUGACCACUGGGUCCACCUGCCCAAGCUGGGUGCUUACCCCCUCGUGGUCAGUUCGGUGGUCAGCCAGGUCCGCCUGGCCAAAGUACUCGUCGACGGUGGCAGCACCCUCGAUAUCAUCUUCGCCAGCAUGUUGGAGAGCAUGGGAUAUGACAUGACUACCUUGGUGCCAUCCGACCAGGCCUUCUACCGCUUCAUCCCUGGAGCCGGGUCGACCCCAGUCGGCCUUGUCACCCUGCCGGUCACCUUCGGCACUCAGACCAACUACCGCACCGAGUACGUCAACUUCGAGGUCGCCGAGUUCGAGACCUCCUACCACGCCAUCCUGGGAAGACCCUCUCUCGCCAAAUUCAUGGCAAUUCCCAACCACACAUAUCUUCUCCAGAAGAUGCCAGCUCCAAAGGGGGUCCUCUCAGUCUAUGGAGAUCUGCAUACAUCAUACGCGUGCGAAGCACAUAACAUCAAGCUCCCUGACACCCUGGAACGAUCCAGGAACUCGGUUCUUGUUGCCCAGGCAGCAAAGAACCUCCCGGCGGACCAGCAGCAGAUCCCCGCCAAGGAGUCGACUUCUGAGUCGCAGCUCGCACCAGCCAUGGCGACCAAGACCAUCGUCCUCAGGGAUGAUGAGCCGCACAAGACCGCCGUGAUCGGGGCCAGCCUCGACCCGGCAUAG